AUGAGCAACGAAGAUGACGGUGGAUGGGGAGGACCCCCUGAAAAGGUCACGACUCCCUCUGCUGGAGAUGCGGAUGAUGCCGACGACUGGGCUGCUCCCAUUAUCAACAACGAUACUUCGAUCGGAUGGGCCGAUAAACAGCAUGUGGGCGAGGGCAAGACUACGGGCGGAUGGGUUGAACGACCGGCCGAGGAUGGCGGGGAUAAUGCUUGGGACGACGCUCCCGCGCAACCUUCUGGUGGUGGAUGGGGUGAUGCGCCUGUUUCAGCUGGUUCUGGCGGAGACUCUCAGGGCGCCGGUGGUUACGGCGGUGGCGGUGGCGGUGGGGGAUGCUUCAAGUGUGGACAGGACGGCCAUUUUGCCCGAGAGUGUCCCAACGCCGAACAAUUCGGCAGCGAGUGCUACAGGUGUCAUAAGCGAGGGCACUUUGCUCGAGAGUGCCCCGCAUCCGGAGGUGGUGGUGGUCAAGAGUGUUUCAAGUGCCACCAAGUCGGUCAUAUCUCCCGAGACUGUCCCAGCGCGUUUGGUGCUCGCGACAACGGCUACGCUCAACGCGGUCAAUCUCAACAAAGUUUCGGCGGCUCUCAGGCAGGCAGCGCCUCUGUUCAACAAUCUCAACCUGCCGACUCUUGGGGUAACGACAACGCCCAGCCUGCAUCGGGAGGUGGCGGGGGCUGGGGCGAUUCGGCCCCUGCUCAAGGAUCCAACGAUGCCGACGGUGGCGGCUGGGGGGGCGAUUCGGCUCCUGCUCAAGAAUCUAACGAUACCGACGAUGGUGGCUGGGGUUCCGCCCACGCUGCCCCAGUAGACUGGUCCGUCCCCCCACCUCGCACCUACCCUCCUGCCAAGGAUCUUCACCUAGGCCACCUCGACGCCGAUCGUGACGGCGGUGUUGGUAUCCACGUCUCUUCACUCACAACGGGCCGACCCUGGGAGAAACAGUUCGUCCCGCCCUCGGCUGAUCAAGGAUGGGCUGGAUUCAAGAAGAGAGGUGGCAGUAAGAGCGGUAGUCAGACGGGGAGGAGUGAGCGAGGGAGCCAGUAUGGAGGGGAAGGGAGGGGCGGGUCUGGUGCUGCUUCGAAGGGAGGCAGGUUUGGGGGACCAUCUGAAGGGGGCUGGGGCGGUGCUGCUCCUCAACAAUCCAACGACAGCUGGGGCGCCCCCGCUUCUGCCCCUGCCUCUCAAGCUCCUGCCGGAGGCGAAAGCCGGUGGAGCGCAGCACCCGAGCCUGCUUCUACCGACUCAAACAACGAGGACGACGAUGCCGGAGGCUGGGGUGCUACUCCCGCUGUCAUCCGAGCUCCCUCUCCCGCUUCCAAGCCUUCUGCUCAACAAUCUUCCAGCUUUGCCGAGGAGCCAGCGACUACAGCCUCUGUCCAGCAAUCGACAAGCUGGGCUGACGAUACUUCUCCUGAACCUCAGGCCGAAGCUGGAGAUGCGGGUGGGUGGGGCGCUGAACCUGCUUCUUCUGCCCCUGCUGCUCCUGGCGGUGGUGGUGGGUGGGGUGAUGACACUCCUGCUCCCUCUGGCGGUGGAGGCGGGUGGGGUGAUGACACUCCUGCUUCCUCUGGGGGUGGAGGUGGGUGGGGAGAUGCUCCUGCUCCUUCCAGUGGCUUUGGGGCCGACUCCUAUGGCGGUGGUGGUGGAGGCGGAGGAGGCGGGGGAUGCUUCAAAUGUGGACAAGACGGUCACUUUGCUCGAGAAUGCCCCAGUGCUGGUGGUACAGGACGCGGUGGUGAUGGCUGCUUCAAAUGUGGCGAACAGGGACACUUUUCCCGAGAAUGCCCGAACGGGCCUAGUCAAGGAGGUGGAAACGGUGAAGGCUGCUUCAAGUGUGGUGAGCAAGGACACUUUUCCCGAGAAUGCCCCAACGGGCCUGGUCAAGGUGGAAGCGAGUGUUAUCGAUGCCACGAACGCGGUCAUUUCUCUCGAGAGUGCCCCAACGGAGGAGGUGGCGGUGGCUACGGCAAUUCCGGACCCCGAUACUCUGGCUUUGGUGCCCCUGUCACUGGUACCAACUCUGUCGGUCUCCCCACGACUGGCGAAGUCACCGGCUGGGGAGCUCGCAAAGCCUUCCUCGCCGAGAACGGCAACUGGCCCCCUGCCGACCCUGGCUACGGUAAUGGCCGAGGCAGCAAUUCUCGUCCCGGCUGGGGUACUUCGGCACUCGCAAAGGAGAGGGAACCCGGCUAUGAGCCUUUCGCCAAUCACAAGGUGGAGCUGCCAAAAUACAAGAAGGACUUCAUGCAGGGCUCGGAAGCCUGGGAUCAUGAUGAUGAUCACAACCCUGCGAUCGCCGACAUCGCCCAGGAGUCUGAGCAUGAUUCGAAUACGGGAUGGGGCGGGAGAGCCAAGCCUGCUGCUCCGCCUGUAGUCGAGUCCAACUGGGGUGGUGCGCCGGUUGCUACCGAUGAUGGAGACGACGAUGCGGGCGGAUGGGGGGCGCCGACGCCCAAGGCUGGAAACACGAAACUUCCUACUCAAGACGCGGGCGGAUGGGGUGGGGCUGCUCCUGCUCCUGCUGCCAAUAACGGCGGUGGCUGGAAUGAUAUCUUUCAGCAGGCUGGAAAUCAAGCUUCCGAUGCUCAAUCUUCUUUCGGCGGUUCAAACAGUCGACGAUCCACUGGUGCACGACAACCCUGGUCUGAGCGACGUCAUCUUGAACAAGCUCCAGGUGGCUUCGGCCAAUGAGCGGAUUCGGUCAGUCCGGUUUCAACCAAGGAUUUGGUGGGGGUGCCGCCGGAUCCAACUGGGGCAAUGACGGCCGCGCCGACCAACCCGGCAAAUGGGGCCACGACGGGUUCGAAGAACUCCAACGUGACAAUCAAAACAAAGGCAAUCGAGGCAGGGCAGCAUUCGGCGGUCCACCUCCUCAGCAACGAGGUCCCGGCGGAUUUGGGGGUAGCAACGGCCAACGCGAUAACGGCUACGGUGCCCGAGCUGGCAGCCAAGCUUCUCACGGAGGUAGUGCAGAAGGCGGGGGCUGGGGUGCUCAGUCUGAUCCUGGGCCUGCUCAGUCUUCCGUUGAAGACGCUGGAGGAUGGUGCGAUUCUACCGAUACGCCCAACCUUGAGGGCUUGAAGAUCUCCGAGUCUGGGUACCUGAACAGGCUGCGGAGGAGGAUACCGGCGGCUGGUAAGAGGCUCCACGAACACGACUCUGAGGAGAAUGUAGACUAGACAAGAGAUUACGAGCCUGAUACAAGCAAACUCAAAGGAUUCGUUAUACAUUGAUAGAGAUCCUCACCCAUCUUUCUCCCUGGUAUAUACACCUAGCAUGGAAGUGUUGCAUAAGCA